AUGGAAGACAUCGACAGGGACCAGAAUGCCUCAUCUGAAAUACUUGAGCCUGUGGAAUGGGACUCAUUGAGAAAGUUGAGUCUUGAACCUGGAGGUUUCAGAGACAAACGGACCCAACUUUGGCCCAAGCUUCUUUAUGUGACGCACGUAGAAGAAGCACCGGACCCCCCAGAGUCACUGGACGGAAGCACGCUAAUUGAUGCAGCCUCGGACAAUUAUACCGACUUAGAGAGCACCACGGAAUCGGUCCAUAGAGAUGAGCGACAAAUUGGCUUAGAUACCGAGAGAAGUUUCGUCUUAUAUCCAGUAGACAGCACAGAAGACCGCGAGCACCGGCAGGUUGAGCUGCACGAGUUGAUUGUGUCUGUUUUCCGGAAGCGACAACGUCUAAACUACUUCCAAGGUUAUCACGACGUCAUCUCCGUUCUGUUCCUCACCCUUCCGAAGGAGUUGCAAGCCCCUUGUGCCGAGAAACUAAGCCUUCUCAGAUUACGUGACUCGAUGGGGGUUAGUCUCGAACCCGUGGUCGGUCUUUUGCGUAUCCUGAAGCGAAUAUUGCACUGUGGUGACCCCUCAUUCGCAGCUCUGCUCGAACGCAACAUGUCCCUCCCAUACUUUGCCCUUUCUCAUAUUUUGACUCUGUUAUCACACGACGUCCCUUCGCUACCUCUCAUUCAACAUGUUUUCGACUAUCUGCUCUGUAGACCGCCAAUAGCUAUCGUCUACCUGGUCGCAGCAGUAGCUCUGUCACGUCGCGAAGAAGUUGAGAUUUUGGAGAAAGAUGGCGAAGACGGGAUGAUUCAUUCGCUGCUCAGCAGCCUUCCGGAGCUGUACGAGGAAGACGAACGGGCAUUGCCUAUAGGAGAAGACAUUAGCAAAAGCAUCGUCAUAGUGCAGGCAGAAGAGUCGGUUGAAGAUGAAGCCACAGCCCGAGUGAAUCCGGUGAAGGUCGAACCCCUUCAGGUUGAGGAUAUGGCAGAGUUUCCUCCUGAUCCCGAACACGCUCGUCGAAAAUCAAAUGGUAGCGCAGAUAAAAUCUCACCACUUGCGCAAGAGCCUGACACGCUCGUCGAAUCUAUGGAUGUCGACGAGAUAUCGCCGGGUACACCCACAACUGCAGCAUCAAGUACCUCCUCGCCAUCGGAAAAGUUCCGCACACCUUCCCCUACACCGUCUAUACCCAUCCACAUCCCGCAGCGCCCGCGGGUAUCACUCACCUCUUUGUUCCUCCGUGCAGACGAGCUCUACACUCACUAUUCGCCAUCACACCCCUCCAUCGCGCUCUCGUCCAUCAUGGGCCCGCAGAGCGUCAUGCUCACCUGGUCCGAGAACUCGGCGGAGCUGCCAACGGACGACGAGGCUGAGCUGAUGGUCACGAAGCCAGAACUCGUCGUGCGCCCCUACAUCGAGCCCGAGGACGAGGUCGUGUCAGACGAGGAGCAAACCGAGAAAAAGGACGCCGAGCGUCGGCGCCGGCGGAAGCCGCACAAGCCGCGCCAGCUUGAACGCGCGAUCCUCGAGCGCAAGACGGUCGUAGCGGGCGCGGUGCUCGUUCUCGGCGUCGCAGUUGUCGUGUAUGGGAUGCAAUCAGGGCAGUCGGGUGGGGGGCACCAUCCCCAUCAUACGGUCAGCAGGGAGCUCAGGCGAGUGAGCCAGUUCGUGGGCGGUGUGCUCCUGGGCAUGGGAGAGCGGGCGUUUGGUGUGGUUUUACCAUGA